AUGCUCAGCAGGUCCUUGGGGAGCGCCCUGCGGCGCGCGGGGGGCGCGCGCCACGCGCAGGACGCCCACUGGGACGCCGUCGCGACCGCGGCCGUUCAGAAUCUCGGGCAGGCGCCCCUGUCCUUUGCUUCUUCCACCGCGUUGGGCGAAGCAUGGACAGGCGAGAAGGGCUCUGCGGGCAACCGCAUGACUCCGCACUUCGGCCCGGAGGUUUGUGGAUGGUCGAUGCCAUAUUUGUGGGCUCAGCGCGCCAGAGUGGGCCGUGAUGGCGGGUGCUCGGGGUAUGUUGGCAUUGGCGCCCGGUGUCCAAUCCAUUCCUCCCGUAUGCUGUCUGCGGAGCCCUUUCGAGUGGAGGAGGAGUCCCAGCCGAAGGCGCCACUGGUGUCCGGCGAGCCUUUGGGGAAGGGGUCCAAGGAACAGAGGCCUGGGAAGAGCCAGGCGUCCGCUGAGGAGUGCGAUCGGGCGAUCGACGACUACGACCGGCUGCUGGAGAAGUCUUACAGGUCGUCGUUUCCCGCUAGCGCGGCUCCCUUGACGACUGUGGCUUCCAGGGCGGUGGGGGUGGUGGCCAAGACGAUCGUUUGGUGCCUUCGCUUGAUCGUGAGGAUGCCGCUCAGUCUCUGGGCGGCGAUCACGGCUCCGAUGUCCAGCAAAGUGGAAUGGAUUCGCUCCACGUGGAAGCACACGAAAGAUGGGGCGAGGCAUUAUUGGGUUGGAACUAGACUGUUGGUGACGGAUAUGAGUAUAGCGACCAGACUGGUGUUCAAGAUCCUCAAGGGGAAGGAACUAACCAGGCGUGAAGACAAGCAGUUGAAGAGGACUGUGGCGGAUGUGUUCCGCCUUGUGCCAAUGGUGAUAAUGCUGGUGGUUCCUUUCUUGGAGUUUUUGCUGCCGCUCGCUCUGCGACUGUUCCCCAACAUGCUUCCCUCAACUUUUGAAGACAAACUGAAGAAGGAGGAAGAGCUGAAGAAAAGAGUUGCAGCAAAACUCGAAGUGGCACGUUUUCUUCAAGAUGCAGUGGCUCUCAUGGCAAGGGACCUCAGACAAAAACGGACAGGAGAAGUCCAGGCAUCUGCAGCAGAACUCUACCAAUUCAUGAAAAAUAUUCGGAAGGGUGAACCUGUGGACAACAAUGACAUCGUUCGCUUUGGCCAGUUGUUCAAUGAUGAGCUUACACUGGACAACCUGGACCGUGUGCAACUUGUGAGCAUGUGCCAGUUUGUGGGGUUAUCUCCUUUUGGAACAGACAGCUUCCUACGUGCUCGCCUGCGAGCCCAUCUGGGUUACAUCAAACGUGAUGACUCUGUCAUUCGCUCAGAAGGUGUGGAUGCUUUGACCGAAGAUGAGCUGCGCCAAGCGAGCCGUGCCCGUGGCAUGAGAGCACCCUAUGGGGAAGGGGCAAGGGAAUUCAUGAAAACUCAAAUGGAGGAUUGGCUGGAGCUAAGCCUGGACAGGGCACUGCCAUCCUCGCUCUUGCUGUUGUCUCGCACAUUCACGGUUACACUUCCCAUCGUGGACAUGGAAAAGAAGAAGGCUCUGGAGCUUGAGAGCUUCAAGAACACGCUGUCCACGCUGCCAGAGUUUGUCACUGAAGAUGUGGCCAUGGAGGUCUUGCGAGAUGAGGCUGAGGACAACGCAAAGAAGUUGAACUACAUUAAACGUGAGGAGGAGUUGAUUCGUGUUGAAGCUGAGGCGCAGGCGCAACAAGACCUGAUGACAGAACGGUCAACGGAAACCCCUGAGAUGGCAUCUCCAGGCAGUGAUGGCCGCUCCAUGGCUGCCACCACCACAGCUGCCGCAGUGGUCCAAGCCGCAGAAGCGCAGCUGCUGAACGAUGCUUUCAAGUCUGCAUCAGAUGAAUCAGAAGAGGAGCGUGCACAAAAGCUUGCAGCAGCCAGGGAACAGAAAAUGAAGAAGGUGCUGAAUGCCUUGGCUGUACUGUCCUCCAAAUCUGGUGUCAGUAGUGAGCGCACCAAGUUCAUGGAAUUGGUGAAGCGGGAGGUGAAUCGCAUACAAGAUGACCUGAGCCACAGAGGAGGGGCUUCAUUGCGAUUCACCAGCAAAGGACUUGAGGCUUGGCGACCAGCAGAACUUCCGGAGCUGCCUGGCGACUACAUAUCCAAACGGCUGGAAGGAAAGGUGUCCAGCAUACUCCAUAAGAUUGAGAAGGAACUCGACGAUGUCGACAGUCAAAUCGGCGAAAAACUCCAUCUCCUCGACAAGGAUGACGAUGGUCUGAUAUCCCGCGAGGAGCUGGAAACCGCACUUGGAUUCCUGGGGCAGCAGCUGGGCGAGCCAGAACUGCGACACCUGCUUGAGGAGAUGUUCGGCCCCGACAAUAGCACCUCCAGUAUCGAUGUCGAGCAGCUCAUGCAGAUGGCAAACAAGAUGCUUGAAGAAAGCAAGACGCCGCCUGACAAAUCGACACAGUGA